AAUUCUAUUUCAAAUUUAAUAGUCUUUUAAACAGUAAUAAUAAUAUUACUGUUUUUGACUGUAUUUUUUUAAAUAAUGAAAUACUUUUUAAUAAUGAAAUACUUCAGGAUUCUUCCUGGAGGUUAAGUUGGGUGGGCAGGUGAGGUUUCACAGCACACAGUGAUUCUUCUGGAAUACAUUUGGAUCGUGUGGUAUGAUUUGACGGUCGUUGAAAAUGAAAAAUGAAAAAUGAGAAAGUCAAAGUGUUUGAACAUUAUAUUUUUGCUUCCAACUUCCAUUUAUAUCCUUGCUUUGCAUCUUACAGUCCUGCCUCCUCCCUUUUAUUUGACGUUUUGUGGAAUAGCUGAUAAAAUGGUACUCUAAUCAACAAUAUUAGUUAUUGUUCAAUAAAAAUUUAUUGCUAGGCUAUAUAACAGUGACAAAAGCAAAAAUGUGGGAUAUUAGAAGCUCUAGAAGCCAGUGUCACCUCUGACUUUCCAGUAACAUGCAGGAGGUUUGUCAUCUGAAGAAAAGUGUUUGUUGAGUCUUCAUAAAUCAGUCACUUGUCUAUAAAAUGGCUAGAAGAGUUCGCCGUUUGUCGUCCACGGAGAUUCUGCUCAUAACACUGGUUGUUUUGCUGUUUGUGGUUUGUGUGGGACUAAUUGUCGUCACUUCGCUCGCACUGGACAACAAAGCUAUAGAUGGCGAAGGAGAUGAAACAGGCUCUGAGUUCACUGGGAGACUCGUCCUCUCUAAUGGAACCGUUUUCACAGAGGAGCUCCUGAACAAAAACAGCUCACAGUUUAAAGCUCUGGCAUAUGACACUGAGCAGAAGAUCAAUGAAGCCUACAGUCUUACUUCCCUUAAAGAGCAGUUCAGAAGUUCCAAGGUCAAUGAAUUCAGCGAAGGCAGUGUGGUUGUGCACUUUGACGUCCUCUUCCAUGGCGUUCUAGAUUCUGAGGUAGCGCAGGAACAGUUAGUAGAUGGUUUACAGCAAAGUGAAGGUGGAAAUGAUGGCCUUGUGAUUGACAUCGACAGUGUGCAGGUCUCAGAUAAACCAACUACAACCCAGAGAGCAUCUACAACAAAACCAGUCACUCCAGUGAAUUGUCCAGAUGGACAGAAGGCAUGUGCUGACGGUACAAGAUGUAUUCCUCAAACUGACUUCUGUGAUGGAAUACAAAACUGCUCUGAUGGCUCAGAUGAGAGCCAGAGUGUCUGUGCAACAGUGUGUGAUGGACAGUUUCUCCUGCUUGGUCCGACUGGAUCCUUCCACUCUAAAAACUUUCCAGAGGUCUAUGACAGUCCCACAUCCUGCCGUUGGAUCAUACAAGUGACUGAGGGCUUGGCCAUAAACAUAGCCUUUCACACUUUCCAAACGGAGCAAGAUAUUGAUGUUCUGGAGCUAUAUGAGGGCAUCGGCCCUAUGAAAACUCUAACAUUCUCUCUCUCAGGAACGUCACCUGGGGACAUCUGGCUAUUAUCUCAUGAAGCCACUGUUGAAUUUUUCGCAGACUACAGCAAUAACUUCCAAGGCUUCAAUGCUACUUACAUGGCAAAGAACAUCAGUGAGCUCUCUAAUGAAGACAAGAUAAGCUGUUCGUUUGAAGAGGACUUCUGUCUCUGGAGGCAAGAAUUUGAUGACAAUGGCGACUGGAUUCGAGCUCAAGGCGCUACUCUUCCAUCAGACACUGGCCCGAGCUUUGAUCACACAAUGGGCAACCAGUCAGGGUACUACAUUGUGACCCCUCGGACUCCUGGAAGUUGGGAAAAAAAAUUCAGAAUCUACAGUCUUCCUCUGACUCCUACAAAGGAAUCAAUGUGUCUGCAAUUCUGGUAUCAUAUGUUUGGGGUGGAGGUGUGGCGUCUGACAGUCACAAAAGAGGAAGGGUCAUCAGUCACUGUCCUCUUCCAGAAAGAAGGGAACUAUGGUGACAACUGGAACUAUGCUCAAGCCACACUAAACGUGACUGAAGAUGCUGUGGUGGUCUUUGAAGCACAGAAGAGGGCGGGACUUCUGAAUGAUAUCGCCCUGGAUGACAUCAGCAUAGUGCCCGGUUCCUGUGGACAGGCCCCCCCUGACCCAACCCCUGUCCCCCCUCCCAACCCCCCUCCCAUACCAGUGGAUUGUGGUGGACCCUUUGACCUGUAUGAGUCAAACUCAACAUUCAACUCUCCAAACUACCCCAAUGGAUAUGGACACGAUGCUAUGUGUAUAUGGACUUUACAUGCUAAGGAAGGACAGAAUAUACAAUUGCAUUUUCAAGACGUUGCUUUAGAGAUGGAUUAUGAUGUUUUGGAAAUUCGUGAUGGAGUGGAGCCCAAUUCAGAUUUGCUAGGUGUCCUAACUGGUGAACGUUCCUUCCCGGAUCUUUUUUCCACAACCUCUCAGAUGACCAUCAUGUUUUACACAGACACAGCAGGGAAUGACAGAGGCUUUCUAGCCAACUUUAGCACAGGCCUUAACCUUGGCCAACCAGAUCCAUGUCCCACUGGCCAGUUUCAGUGCAGCACAGGAGCGUGUGUGUCCAGUGCCAGUGUGUGCGAUGGGGUAGAAAACUGCUCUGAUGGCUCAGAUGAAGGCGACUGUGUGCAUUUAAUAAAAGCUGAUGCAACUGGAACUGAAAGACUGAGACUUCAAGUCCAGAAUGAGCUUUACACGGUAUGUGCUGAAGACCUCUGGACCUCUCAGCUAUCGGACUUCUUCUGCCGCUACUUGGGUUACAGGUCAGGAAUUGCCUCAUUCUCAAUCAUUAUGGAUGGAGAUAGUCCGUUUACCACUGUGAGUGUGAAUGCUAAUGGCUCACUGGAUCUGAAACCCAGUGACACAUGUCUCAGUGAGAAGAUCGUGUCACUGCAUUGUAACAAUCAACCAUGUGGCGUUCGUAAAGUAACUUUAAAAAGUGAGACCAAUGUGGAAACGGACAGAAACCAAGCAGGCAAAGUGGUGGGAGGACAGGAUGCCCAGGAAGGGGCGUGGCCGUGGAUAGUGUCUCUGCACUGGCUCGGGCGCCAUGUAUGCGGGGCCACUUUGAUUGACAGGGAAUGGUUGAUUACGGCGGCACACUGUGUUUAUGGAAAGAACGUUCACCUGUCAAACUGGGCGGCUAUGUUGGGUCUUCACUCUCAGUUUGGGACGGAUAACCCUAACAGACAAAUCCAUUAUAUAGAUCAGAUUAUCAUGCACAAGCGCUAUAACAGGAUAACAAAGGAGUCUGACUUUGCCCUAAUGCAUUUACAGACACCUGUCAACUACACAGAUUACAUUCAGCCCAUCUGCCUACCAGAUCCUGGAGCACAGAUUGAAGAAGGGAGAAAGUGUUUUAUUGCUGGUUGGGGACUGCUGUCUGAAAAUGGCAACGUAGCUAAUGUGUUACAGGAAGCUGUUGUGCCCCUUUUAAGCAACACACAGUGUCAGGAAUGGCUGCCUGAGUACAACAUUACAGACCGCAUCCUGUGUGCUGGAUAUACUGAGGGUGGGGUGGACUCCUGUAAGGGGGAUUCUGGAGGUCCGCUGAUGUGUGAAGAGGCUGGCCAUUGGGUUCUUGUAGGGGCGACAUCUUUUGGUAUCGGCUGUGGACGACCCCAGCGGCCUGGAGCAUAUGCUCGCGUCAGUCAGUUUAUUGACUGGGUAGUAGAGAACCGACGGCUCUAUUCAGACUGGAAAGGGCUAUAAUAAUUUAGUAUGCAGUGAUGUUAUGUCUUCAGUCGAUUGUAUUCUUGAUUUCAAUGGGCUUCUGGACAUUGUAAUCAACACCAAGUGAUUUGUGCACUUUAUUGUCAUUGCUAAAAAAUGUAAAUGUGAAUAAUGGAGAAAAAUGUACUUGCUAGUAACCAGUCAGUAAUAUUCAGCCUACCCAAAUGUGAGAUUAUAAAUAGUUUUGAAAUAUAAAUCACAAACUAAUGUUAAAAUUGUUUUUAAAUAAAGUUUUGAAUUUUAA